GGAAAAGGCGAAGUUUGUGUCAAUAAGACUGAAGCCGGCUCGGAGGGUCAGUUGCAGUUAGCAGCACGGCCUCCCGCCUGGAGAGAGAUGUUAUUAACCGUGGCUGCGGCAUUAAUGCUGAGCAGGGCCGCCAGUAACCCGGUUUAACGGCGUUGAAGAGAGGGGGCUGAGAGGAGGAGGAGGAGGAGGAUGUGAGUGAGUGCGGCCGCGGGGCUGGUGCUUACUUACUGAGCGAGUCUCCGUGUGUGAGUGUGUGUGUGUGUGUGGCCGGUGUGAAGAGGAGCUCCGCCCGGCUGUUGCUGCUGGAGGAAGAGGCUGAUCAUCUCUCCAUUACACUGGAGCCCAUGAACUGAAACAGGACAAAAUGGCGGCGGCGGGGACCGGGAGCCGGGCGGCGUUUACCGGGGACACCGGGACAGGGACCGGGAGUCGCAGCAAGAGCUCGGAGCCGAGUGAAGAGCCGGGCUCGGCCCAGAGGCAGCUCGCCUUAUACAGGAAGCACCUCCGUAAAGUCAAGAGCGUCGACUUCGACGCCUCGGUGGAAAAGGAGCCGAGUCCGGAGCCGUGUCUCCCCCAGGCUGGAGCCGAACAGCCCGCGCAAUCCGGCGGCGGCGGCACUGCUGGGGCAGCGGGCUAUGGAUACAGCGGCUCGGCCGGAGCUAUCCUCAUGGAUCUAGGCCCUCCCUUCAGUCGUGACAUUGAAAAUAAGGAAACACUCAAGGGGUUACCAAAAAUGGAUGACCGCCCAGAGGAGCGUAUGAUCAGGGAAAAGCUCAAGGUGACAUGCAUGCCAGCUUGGAAACAUGAAUGGCUAGAAAGAAGGAACCGGCGAGGGCCUGUAGUUGUGAAACCAAUUCCGGUGAAAGCAGAUGGGGCUGAGUUAGGCAAGCAAGCAUCUGACUGUCAGACAGAUAUAAAUGCCUCACCACAAAUGCAGCGAGGAAGGCGCAGCCCUUCCCCUGGCAGUUCUUCUUCUUCUGCCACAUCGUCGUCAUCCUCCUCAAAAACUACUGCAAAGUCUGAAUCUCCAGGCGUAAGAAGGAAAAGAGUAUCACCAGUUCCUUUUCAGAGUGGCCGUGUUACUCCUCCGAGGAGAGCUCCUUCACCAGAUGGAUUCUCGCCUUACAGUCCUGAGGAAACUAACCGCAGAGUCAACAAAGUAAUGCGAGCACGACUGUACUUGCUACAGCAAAUAGGUCCAAAUUCCUUCCUUAUUGGAGGAGAUGUUCCUGAUAACAAGUACAGGGUGUUUAUUGGUCCUCAGACCUGCAGUUGUGGGCGUGGAACAUUCUGCAUUCAUGUCCUGUUUGUUAUGCUACGAGUCUUUCAGUUAGAGCCCUCUGAUUCAUUGCUGUGGCGAAAGACAUUAAAAAACUUUGAGGUGGAGAGUCUAUUUCAGAAAUAUCACAGCAGACGCAGUUCACGUAUCAAAGCUCCAUCACGCAACACCAUCCAAAAAUUUGUUUCCCGUAUGUCUAACUCGCACACAUCAACUUCAUCCAGUACCUCAACAUCCAGUGCAGAACAUAGUUUGAAAGAUGAAGAAGAACAAAUGUGUCCUAUUUGUCUACUGGAUAUGCUUGAUGAGGAAAGCUUGACUGUGUGUGAAGAAGGCUGCCGGAAUAAACUUCACCAUCACUGCAUGUCAAUCUGGGCUGAGGAAUGCAGACGGAACCAUGAGACUCUCAUCUGUCCUCUUUGUAGAGCCAAAUGGAAGUCCCGAGAGCUGCACAGUCAUGAUUCUCAAAGCUCAGUACAAAUCCAGACUCAGCCACUAGAGGUCGAUCCACAGAGACGGCAGCAGGACAGUGACUUUAACCUGCGUCAUUAUGGAGUUCAACAAAUCCCACAAGCUUACAAAGAGUUGGCAGAACCCUGGAUUCAGGUAUUUGGAAUGGAAUUGGUUAGUUGUCUCUUUUCUCGGAACUGGAAUGUACGAGAGAUGGCAUUAAGGCGACUUUCACAUGAUGUUAGUGGUGCCUUGCUUUUGGCAAAUGGCGAAAUCCGUACUGGAGGAACCUGUAGCAAUGGAAGCGACACUGGAUCUAGUAGUAUGACAGGAGCCAAUGGGUCAUCUCAGACUGAUAUCUCAGGAGACGUGGUGGUGGAGUCAUGUUGCAGUGUACUCUCUAUGGUCUGUGCUGACCCAGUCUACAAAGUAUACGUCGCUGCUUUGAAAACCUUACGAGCCAUGUUGGUCUACACACCUUGUCAUGCAGUAGCAGAAAAGUCACGGCUUCAACGACUUCUCAGGCCUGUGGUUGAAACUAUAUUGGUCAAAUGUGCAGAUGCUAACAGUCGUACAAGUCAACUUUCUGUUUCUACACUGUUGGAAUUGUGCAAAGGCCAGUCAGGAGAGCUUGCUGUGAGCAGAGAAAUCCUUAAAUCAGCGUCCAUUGGGGUUGGAGGUGUUGACUAUGUCUUAAACUGUAUUCUGGGCACCUCAACAGAAUCCACUAAUUGGCAGGCUUUGCUUGGCCGCCUGUGUCUCAUCGACAGACUUUUACUGGAAUUUCCAGCUGAAUUCUAUCCUCACAUCGUUUCUGGCAGUGAGGGUCCAGUUGCUCAAACAGAACUUGUGCUAGAAAGAUACAAGAAGCUACUGUCACUUUUGAACUUUGCACUGCAGUCUAUUGACAAUUCCCAUUCAAUGGUUGGGAAAAUGUCUCGGAGAGUCUUUCUCAGUGCUGCCAGGAUGGUUGCAAGAGUGCCUCAUGUUUUUGUGAAACUUAUACACAUGCUGAGUGUAACCAGCUCAACCCAUUACAUACGUAUGCGGCGGCGCUUGAUGGCUAUAGCGGAGGAAAUGGACAUUCUUGAAGCCAUUCAGUUAGGUAUUGAGGACGAUCAAACCAUGGAAGGAAGACAUAAUUUUGUAGAGCCCUCAGCACCACAGAACUCGCCAUAUGCCACAGAAGGCAACUCCCCAGUGAACACAGUGCAGUUAUCUGGAAGAGCAAUAAAAAGUAUGUUAAGUCCUGAUCAUGAUCCUAAAUCUGGUGUGAACCCAGAUGAAAUGGAAGAGAUCCUAGGAAAUAUUUUGUCUGCAAGACUUCCAUUGACAACAGUGCCCUGUGAACAACCAAAGACAGCCAUUCAAGCACGUCCCAGGCCACUGAGCCAAUGUAUCAGUUCAUGUUCAUCGAUGACGGCGUUAAAUCAUUCCCAGCCUUCCUUUCCAUCUUUGCCUUCCCCAUCAUCAUCAUCAUCAUCAAGUCCUUUAGCUGGACAAACAGCUAUUGAUGGUUCCAAACUAAGACCUCAGGGUUUUGUUCCUAGCAAAUUUGCAUUGUCGUCCCCGAAAGCACAGCGAAAGUUUUCUCUUCAGAUUCAAAACAACUGUCCUAAGGAUGUCACUGGAGGUAGAGAGACUGAAAAGCUAUCUCCAGUUUUUACCCAGGCACGGCCCCCUGCCUCCAGUCAGAUCCACAGACCAAAACCAUCACGGCCGUGCCAGAAUGAAGCAGGGAAAUCUCCAGGUGAUUUAAGCAGAAGCUGUAUGAUGCUUGAACUAAAAGAUCUCGAGCUUAGUGACCACUGUGGUAGCAAUCCAGUUAUUCCUAGUGAUGAAACUGUAUUCACUCCAGUGGAAGAUACUUUUCGCCUGGAUACUUCAGCAGAACUGAACUCUAGUAUGGAAGAUCUGCUUGAAGCAUCAAUGCCUAUGUGUGAUAGUACUGUUACAUUUAAAUCUGAAGUUGCCGUGCUUUCUCCCGAGAGGACAGAGACUGACUGUACCUACAAUGAUGAUGUUGAUCAGAAUCAGAAAUGCAAAGAAAAGAUGGAAGCAGAGGAGGAGGAGGCACUGGCUGUUGUCUUAGCUAUGUCAGCAUCUCAGGAUGCACUGCCUGCUAUUCCUCAGUUGCAGGUUCAGAAUGGAGAGGAUGUCAUUCUCAUUCAGUUAGAUACACCAGAAACCCUACCUGGACAUACCAAAGCAAAACUGGCUUACAGAGAGGGUGUAGAAUGGUUCAAAGGUCAACAAAUAGGCCUUGGGGCCUUUUCUUCAUGUUACCAGGCACAAGAUGUGGGAACAGGGACAUUAAUGGCUGUGAAACAGGUGACUUACGUCAGGAACACAUCUACUGAGCAAGAAGAAGUGGUACAAACCCUAAGAGAGGAAAUCCGGAUGAUGGGCCGCCUUAACCAUCCUAAUAUAAUUCGAAUGUUGGGUGCCACCUGUGAGAAGAGUAACUACAAUCUGUUUGUUGAAUGGAUGGCAGGUGGAUCAGUUUCCCAUUUGUUGAACAAGUAUGGUGCUUUCAAGGAACAAGUUAUUAUUAAUUACAAUGAGCAGCUGCUGCGUGGCCUGGCUUAUCUCCAUGAGAACCAAAUUAUCCACCGGGAUAUCAAAGGUGCCAAUCUGCUAAUUGACAGUACAGGACAACGACUAAGAAUAGCAGACUUUGGAGCUGCAGCCAGGUUGGCAUCAAAAGGUACUGGUGCGGGCGAAUUUCAAGGGCAGCUAUUGGGAACGAUUGCGUUCAUGGCACCUGAGGUGUUAAGAGGCCAGCAAUAUGGCAGAAGCUGUGAUGUGUGGAGUGUUGGCUGUGUUGUUAUAGAGAUGGCCUGUGCUAAACCACCUUGGAAUGCAGAGAAGCACUCUAAUCACCUUGCUCUAAUAUUUAAGAUUGCCAGCGCAACGAGUGCCCCAACAAUUCCAAACCAUUUAUCCCCUGCAUUGCGUGACGUGGCUCUCCGGUGCUUGGAACUUCAGCCCCAGGAUAGACCUCCAUCACGGGAGCUUCUGAAACACCCAGUCUUCCGAACGUGGUAAUGGAUACAAUUGCAAAUAAAAGCUGUGCAAGACGAAACUACUGAAACAAAGAAAAUGCCUGAGUGCUGUCCUGCAAUGCACUGUAGAUCUGUAUAAAUGGGUGAACUGGCCUCGUAUUUGAAUUAAAAACAGCAAAGGCCAAAAGGAGCCCUGUGUCUCAGUAAACAACUGUCACACAGACACACAGAUCUGUACCUUUUGAAAUAGUAUGCAAAUGCUUUGUUCUUGCUUAUAAAAGUUGUGCCUUCCUAUUGAUCAGAAAUGUACUUGGAUCUGCCAAUUGAAAGCUGUGGGGCAGUUGGGAAGAACAUUCUUCUGUCAGAGCACUUUUUCAGCAAAUGCUAGCAACUGAGGGGCUCCUUUGAGUUUUUGCAUUUAUUUUAAACAGCCACUGGUUACGGUUUGUAUGUUUUGGAAGAAAAACUAAGGAUAUAUUAAAAUUGUCAGAUUCUCCCUCUGUUAAAUUUCUUAUUUACAAAAUGAUUCUGAAAAGGGUAUUUUCUGGGAUUAAUACUGAAAUGUUUUGGGGUUGAGUUUCUGCUUUGGACACAGUUGGCAGUCUCUGAAAAUUGCGCUAGUUUUCCAAAGUUUCCACUCAAAAAUCAUUUACCUGUUGCCAAAUGCGCCUUCAAGCAACAUUCUUAGAAGAUUGUUUUAUCGCAUUAAAAAGUAUUCCUUGAUUGAGUGGUAACCUGAUGCUGUUCUAUCACUUCGGCUGAAAAUGGAUUUAUUGUAUAAAUUAAGCAUUUUUGAUAAGUGUCCACCAUCUUUGAUAACCUGAUUUUCAAUCACUGAAAAUGACUUUAAAAAAGUAGACAAACAUUUUACAAGUUCCAUUGGUAUAGUCACUUUCUUAGUAAAUUAAAUCUUUUUUAGAUUUAAUACUUUAAAAGAUGCCUAUUAGUGCCCUUGCACCAAAAGAAAGCUUAAUUUUAAGGGCCUCCUUGAAGGCUCACAAGUGGGCACAAAUAGCAGAAACCUGCCAUAGUGAUUAAUUCAAUCUACAGAUAUGACCAGUUUUGAAAGCCAGGCUUCCAGCGUGAUGUUUUAUAAACUAGCUCUAUUUUCACAAACUCUAUUUUCAUUUAAAAUUCCUUGAUCUUUUGUGCUAGUUUGGCCGAGUUUUGGACAAAUUGCUCUGGGAAAACCAACGCAACCAGGCGGAAGCUCCUCCCUUUAAGUUCAGCGGUCCACUUGCGUACUUGAUUAUAAGGCUUUCAUUGUGGAAGACAGUGAAGUUAGAAUAUCAUCUAAGCUAAUUGGACAAUUUACUACAAAGAUGCCUGCUGUAUUUUUGUCCAGUUUUAAUGAACGGGUCAUUUUACUAGCUGUUGUAAUUGAAAGGAAUUCUGUGGUAUUCAUUUAUGGCUUAAAUCGUUUUAAUAUUCAGGGAAGGGUUAAUUGUCAAAUCUAUUUCAAAAUAUGUAUUUGUUAAACUGUUUUGCCAUAAUGCCAUAAUUCAGCUGUUUUGAGUUACAAAUUUACUGAAUUUAACAGUUUUUGAAGAUGUGUACUAUUUCUUGUAAGAUGCUGAACAGAUUACCUUUACAAUUCCAGUGUCAUACCAUCACUGUACCCGUGAACAGAACUUUUAGGGUAGUUUCUGCUGUUUAAACCUGUUGUUGAGUUCCAGUUGAUUAAUGUUAAGCAGCAGCCAUGCCAGACAGAACCUGCUGUGGUUUCAUUUGUACUACUGUUUUUGAAGCCGCCUAUUCCUCUUAAAACAUAAAUGUUUUAAUCUUUCACUUUUGCUGCUGUAAAAUCCUGGAAUCUUUGCAAGAAAGUCUUACUGUCUCUACCCUACUUAACAAAACAAAUAGAGCAGCAAGAAUAUUAUAUUUAAAGCUGAGUGUGCAGUUUUCCUUCAGCAAAAGACUUAAAUUUUACCACAUUUCUUAGGAUACAACUUAAUUGUUGUUUCAUUGUAAUGCGUUGAAUAUUUUAAUCCAAUUGCUCCUCUUCUGAAUAAUUAUUUUGAAGUUGGCCUUCAGUCGCCAUUUGGGAUAGAUAUAAUUUAUUGCAUUAUCCUGAGAAACCUUAGCUGAAUUGCAAGCACGUUUCAAAGCUGCGUGUAAUACUUUGAUUAAGAGUUAAGUAUUAGAAUUCCAUCAUCUUUUACUUAAACUAAGGAUAAGGGGAGCAUAAGUUUGAAUUAGACAUCACUUUAUUGGCAUGGCCUGAAAUGUGGACUUCAGGUAAACCCUCCUGCUGCUUAUGGUAUUCAAAUGUUAUGCCUUCACAUGAAGGUAAGUAAAGAAAGGGCAAAUACAUAUUGCUGUAUGUGAAAUGUGUUGUAUUGAAAACAAAUGAAAGGAGAAAUAAUUUGCAUCAAGUAAUGUAUAUUUUUUAAGCAGCAAGACAAAUUCGGAUUGACCUAUUCAUAUGUCCAGUCUAGAUUUCAGUUACCUAUAAUUAUGUAGUACUGAAGGAAAACAGCAUUUUGCUUUGACUUUUAUUUAGUUGAAUCUAAGUAUUUUGUCAGUGUUUUGUGAAUUGGUUAGCUGUAAAAGCCUGCAUCCUUUAGACAAUUUAGUUUGGGAAUUUUAACUCUUCCAGCAAUAAGUUUGACUGUCUUUACAGAUUUUUAAUACUUGUUAUAACUGUGGCAAGUCUAGUAAAUUGAAAUAUUCAUGUCAAAUUGAUAUACAUGAAAUAAGGGGCUUCUGACCCCAUGUUCAUUCAGUUUUUUAACUCUUAUAAUGUGAAACCCUCAAAGUUAUAGGUGUUUAAUUUUUUAAAGAAUGUUUAAUAUUUUAUCACAUUCCUCAUUGGUUAAAAAGGUGCUGUUAUUGCUUGAAGAGUUAAAGGUGUACAGAGAUGUUUGUAGCGCAUUUCAUAGCGGUGACUCCUUAAUUUAUUGACAACCUGGAAUCAUAUUUUGUGGUCCUUUCAAGUCAAUAAGUUUUUUUUUGAAGAAGUGUUUUUCCUUGAGCUUUAAAUGAUGCACUCUUGCCAUUUAUACUGGAAAUGUUUUUGUCAAAUUUUCACCGUUUCUGACGAAAACAUUAAACUGAUGAACCUCGGCUAAUCAGUAUUACCUUUGUAGAUCUCAGCAUCUGGCUUGUUUAAUAAGUUGAUGCUUUUUAUUAUCAAGAUGCGUUUUAUUUGGGAUUGUUUGCAUUUCCCUCAGCUUGCUGAUAAUUGAUGUAUUUUGUGUAAUUUUCUUUUUUAUUUUAUUUUAUGCAUAUGUGAUGUAAUAUUCUUUUUCUUUGGAUCAAGCUGGACUGAAAAUGUAAUAUGUAAUUAUUUGUGCUGUUCCUAUUAUGUUAUUUGGUACUUCUUAAAUUGUAAAUAACGUCUACUGCUGUUUUAUUCCAGUUUCUACUACCUCAGGUGUCCUAUAGUUUUCUUCUACCAAAGUACACUUUCACAAUGAAGCUAUAUUUGCUAUGUGACUGUAAUUUCUAAAACUUCCAGGGCUUAAGGGCUAACUUCUAUUAGCACCUUACUGUGCAAGCAAAUUUUUUUUAAAAAUAUCUCUGGGGUUGGAAGAUUGGUUAAAUGUAUCCUUUGUAAUUUUAAAUAUAUCAAAUAUUUUAAUUAUUGAAAUUUUUACCCCAUUUUGAAACAUUUUAUAGCAUAAUUUGGACCUAUUUCGGUGUUUUUUUUGUCUUUCUAGUAAAUAAAAUUUUUUUUUGGAACAA